AUGGAGUCCUCCUCGUCUUCCUCCGCAGCGGGUUUGGGCUCGGUCGACCCUCAGCUGCAGCAUUUCACCGAGGUAGAGACUCAGAAGCAGCGCUUCCAGCAGCUGGUGCACCAGAUGAUGGAACUUUGUUGGGAAAAGUGCAUGGACAAGCCUGAGCCAAAGUUGGACAGUCGGGCUGAGGCCUGUUUCGUGAACUGCAUUGAGCGCUUCAUUGAUACAAGCCAAUGCAUCUUGAAUCGACUGGAACAGACCCAGAAAUCCAAGCCAGUCUUCUCAGAAAGCCUUUCUGACUGACCUGAGUAUGACCUCUUUGGAAAAGGAAGGUAGUUCAAGAAAUGAAGAGCAGUUGAUGGGAUGGUUGAAGAAAAGGCUGUGGGGGGAUCGGCUCCCACCUUUGUCACUCUUGGGACAUCCUGUCAUCUGAGAAUGAACAAAGACCGAUUUUUGUGUGUGGGGGUGGUUUGAGGGUCAAAUGUGUUUGGGGUUGUGUUUUUUAAUGCUAAUCUUGGGAAAACAAUUGACAGAUGAAUGGAAGACUCUACUAGAUGUGUAUUACUGCAUGUGGGAUGAUGCUUUCCUCAUAGUCUCAUUAACUGCUCCCUACAAUUUUAAUAGUGGAACUGCUCUAUAGUUUGAUAGUGGGACCACAUAGGUAAUAAUCUGUUAUUUGUUGGAUUCCUUUCAGAUUUCUGGAGAGAUCGAUAGACAUCUUUG